GAAAGGUUGGAAAAUUCCUAAGCAUUAAUAAGCUUCACAAAAUAUGCUACUAUCAAGCUUCUAAUCAAGUAUUUUUUCAAGAACCAGAUUCGUUUUAAACUGAUUCCCCUCUCUGAAUGUAGGCUUUGGCUAAUAAAAUCUUCUUGUACUACUUCAUUUCGUGGUUCGAAAGCAGACGGGCCACAAGACCUUCCAACUUUUGGCAAUUCAGAUUCCCUUAUUAGCUACAACCCACUACCCUGAGCAAUAUAUAAGCAUAGCACCAGCUGCAUAUUCUUACAGAACCUUUCCCUUCAACUAAAAAAAAAAACUCCUUGUUCUUUUUUCCCUUAUCAUUAAUCUUUCUCUUCCUUUUCUAGCUAGCAAAGUGCAACAUUACAAUCCUUCUUAGGCUCUUAGUAUCCAACAAAAGCCUAGAUUAUCAUUUUAUCACUCAUGGCGUCAAGCUCUCUCAGCAAACAAAAGGCUUCUGACUCCUCUUGGACACCAAAACAGAACAAGCUGUUUGAAAAAGCACUUGCAAAAUAUGACAAGGAUACCCCUGACCGAUGGCAGAAUGUAGCCAAAGCAGUAGGUGGAAAAUCUGCAGAUGAAGUUAAGAGACACUAUGAAAUCCUCUUGGAGGAUCUGAGACACAUUGAGUCUGGUCAUGUUCCUCUUCCCAAGUACAAGUCCACAGGAAGCAGCACCAAUGUUGAGGAAGAAGAGAGGCUUCUGAAGUAUCUUAAAUUGAAUUGAUGGAAGCAAUGUUUAUGUUAUCCUCAGCUAUUGGCAGAAUUUAUGUGGCCAUCCUUGAAUCUGCGGAAAUAUCUUCCCUCUCUGUUCUAUUUCCUGCCAUUGUAAUUUAGAUUGUUUCAAAUUUCAAUGAAUUAUCCUAUUCUA